CCGAGACCGAGACAAGACCGGUCUCGAGUACUAAAACAACUAACUAGUAACUAUUCAAAUAGUUUUUAGUAACUAAUGAAUAGGUGAUAUAUAAACUGCAGAGCACCAAGUCCUCCUAGCUGACAUACAGAAACAUAAGAAUAGAAACAUUUAGCCUAUUGCAUAGCAGUGCCUCAGUUUUGCCCUGCUUUCACUGAGUGAUAAGGUUUUGUUUAUUUAUUGUUGGCAAAAGAAAUUGGCAUAAUUUUGGCACAAAUUUUUACAAAUGGUUUAGUCAUUGUUUAGCUGCACUGGUGUGGCUGCUUGCUUUGGAGAUAAUGCCUGUUAGAAAUCUGAUCUUUUUCCACUAAAGGGACACACCUCUCAAACACCACAAUCUGUAAACAUGUUUGAUUGUCCAACAUCAAGAACAAUCAGUCUGAAUCAUGCAACUGAUAUUUAUGACCCACACCUAGAAUUUUCCAGAUAACCAAGCAAUAUAAAUUAUGGGUGUUCUGUUGAGUUUUCACAUUCUGACCAUCAGAGUGGUUUGCUGUGAAAUCCUCCUGGCUGUAAGGUUGCUCAUAUCUCUGGAAGAAUGAAGGCUGGUCACAGGUGUCUGCUUUUCCACUGCGUUUUGUUGUCUGUCACUUUUAUGUGCCAUGGAAAAGACCUGUUCUUCAAUGACAAUGGAAACCUCAUACUCCCGGGGUCCUACAAUAUUCCAUGGAUGUCAGGCAUCGAGGAUUUCCGCGCCCUCUCUCUCCUCACCAUCCCUGGCACCCAUGAUAGCAUGGCCCUGUACGGAGGUCCAGAGCUCGAAUGCCAGUCCUUGUCCCUGAAGGAUCAGCUCAGGGCUGGCAUUCGUUUCCUGGAUCUCAAAGUGUUUGGACUGGGUAACACCCUCUAUGUCAUGCAUGGAGUGAUGUACCAACACAGCACUCUCAAGGACGUCAUAGACACUGUCCAGGCUUUCCUGUCAGAGUUUAAGACCGAGGCUGUGCUCAUUAGAGUGCAACCAGAGUCUUUUGAGAAGACCACUGUAAAUGAAAUGGUGCAGAGUCUGAUUGGCAAUGACCAGCGUUUCUGGGUGUCCUCUGCAAUGCCAACUAUGGGUCAGAUUAGGGGGAAAAUUGUCUUUUUGCAGAUGAACACCUUCACACUUGGAAUUCCCCUUAUUGAUACAAAUGGGAAAGGUAACUCCAAAGUCACCAACGUUAACGAUAAAGACAACAAAAUAAUCAAGCAGCUGAGCCAAGCCACUCUAGCCUGUGGAGGUGAUAAUGCUGUUGUGACUUACACUAGCGGCACUGGCUUUGGUACUUUCUGGGGAAUGUUUCUGACUCCAAAAAGAGUGGCUGAAAAGGUAAAUCCAUGGCUCAAUCAAUACCUGAGACAGUUUUACCCUAAUCAGCCCAGACCAUGUUUUGGUAUCAUUGCCAUGAACUUCCCUGGCAUUGACCUCAUUCAAACUGUUGCCAACUUAAACAUAAAUGGGUGGUGAUGGCGCAGCGGAUAAGACGCAUGCAGUAAUUUAAACUGGUAGAGGUUCAAUAAUUAUGUGCACCAUUCAUUUGAAAGGUUGAGGGUUUGGAUCUGAUGGACCACUAUGAAGUUCCUGUAUCUUUCCUAUCUGUACACACUCUGAUACAGAUGAAAUAUCUGGAACUCCAAAAUGUAAUCUAAAAAAUAAUCUCAUUGUCUUUGUCAGUUGUAUCCACUGUGUAAUUUUGGAAGCAAAUGGAAGCAAAAUGUUUUGCCCAUAAUUAUGACAAAAAUAAAUUUCAUUUUAUCCUCA